AUGGCGCAGACACUCAGAGCCAGUGGCCGUCUCCUUGCUCGGGUAAGCUCCAGAACGCUUCCACCCUCACGUCGAAGCUUUGCAGCUGCGUCAAUCUCAAGGGCGGACUUGAUUCAAGACCUUUACCUGAAAGAACUACGAGCAUACAAGCCUCCACCACAGAAGGCCUCCGACGCAGAGGGCCAAGUUCAGAAAUUCACGCCGCCUGCCGCGCCCAAGUCGCCAGAAGAGACAAAUCUAGCUAGCGAGAUGAAGGAGUACGAGGAGCAGUCUGUGGAGAUCGAAGGGACUUCUCAACCUGGAGAGACACAACCCGAGGAGAACUUUUUCGAAGACCUCGAUGCGAUUGACGCCGAAGACAAGGAAACUGCCCACCAUUGA